GAGCGACACCUCAGAGCUGAGCUCUUUUAGGCUCAGUGGAACCAAUCUUCAGCAGUUCAGUUCCAACGAUUCUUCUGCGUUCAUGUCAGGAAAGCAGUGCUGACCCAUCAUAAGGAAACAGCUCCACAUCUGUCACUCAUACAGUGGUUACAGCUGAAUUUCCAGCAGGUAUGGAGAAACCUCCUACCAUUAAAUCGAUCCACAGAUCCAGAAUGACACAGCGUAAAGAGGGGGAGAAUAGAGCUUCAGCGAUUUCAAGAGAUCCAGAUCAGAGACGGGCAAAGUCAGGCCACCACACUGGAGCUCCAUCAACCAGGAAGGAGAAGAGGCAGAUGGAGAAGCCAGAGACAAACCAGGAGAAGAGGAAGGAGGAGAAGGAGGAGGUUAUGGCCAAAUCUACUGUGGUGGACAUAGACCGCGUUAGAGAUAACGAGGUCCAGGAGGAGAACAUGGGGCUGUUGGAAGCAGCGGAGCAGGAGGAUGGUCUAAAGCGUAAGAGCCUGGGACCAUUUGAGUGGCUGCUGAUGGUGUUUGUCCUGACUCUGGUUCUCCUCUUCCUUCCUCUUUCCAUCUGGUUCUGCAUUAAGGUCAUCCGAGAGCACGAGAGAGCUGUGAUCUUCAGACUUGGUCAUCUAUUGCGAGGAAAACCCAAGGGACCAGGCCUGCUUUUCUACCUUCCAGUCCUUGACAUCUGUCACAUAGUUGAUAUUCGGCUCCGGAUGUUAAAGGUUCCUCCUCAUGUGGUGGUGACCAAGGACCUAGCAAGGCCAGAGCUGAGCGCGGUGUGUUAUUACCAGAUAGAGAAUGUGGCUCUAUGCAGUGCAGCUCUAUCCAGCCUGACCUUGGUUCUGCAGAGUCUGGUUCAGGCAGCUAUCAGAGACGUUUUUGCCCAGUAUAGUUUCAGUCACAUCCUGCGGUCCAGGCGGAGGAUUGGAGGACAGAUAAAAACAGCUCUGGACUCUGUUACUUGUCGCUGGGGAAUCAAAGUGGAGAGAGUGGACAUAGAUGACCUCAGUUUUCCUUUGGAGCUACAACAGAGUCUGGCUGCAGAUACUGAGGCUAAGAGACAACAGCAGGUCAGACAGGUAAAGGCAUCAGAAGGGGAGACAGCUGUCUGGGAAGGCUUUAGAGCCUCCCUCCGUCACCUCCAGCCUGCCUUGGUCCUUCCUCUGCCUCCAGAUCUCCUCAACAUAAACCCUGAGCUCACCUCUCUCCCACCACCUCCCCCACCUGCGUCGGAUGAGGACGAAGGUUUGAUGUUGGCGAAGCCAGAGACAGACUCACCAAUGAUAUGAAAAACCAAUGACAUUUAAUUUAUGUCUUGAUCAAAACACUUAUAAAUUAAGUAGAUAUAUCAAAUUAUGCUAAUAUUCUAGUUUAAAUGAAAGCUGAAUUCAGUGAGCACAACAAUAAUAAGCUUUAUUACUAAAGAAAAUAUGUUAAAAAAAAUUGUAUUAUUUGUGACGCUAUGUGUAAGAAUUAUCAGGAAAAAAAGCAUUAAACACUAAAAUCCAUGGAACAGAAAAGAAAUACCAGAAUAUAAGCAUAUUUUUUUUUGUCAAAAAAGUAGGUUGUCUGCCUCAGUUAAUUUUAAUUUAAUGCUUUCAAAUCCAGGCCUCUAAUGUCAAUUAAUUAUAAAGAAACUAUUGAACAGAAGUAUUUGAAUUUUAACACAUUUAGCGUCACUGUGAGAGACCUUAUGCACAAUUGUAUAAUCGCUCCAGAUCACUGCAAUAUGAAACAUAUUUAUAAUUUCAUAAGAAGGAAACAAAACUGUCAGGACUUUAAAGAAUAUCUACAUAAACUUUAUUUUCAGCAGGCUUUUUAAAGGGUUAAAAGAUGCCAUAGCAAGCAUGUCACCAGUGUAAAAGGUAACUUGAAGUAAAUCUUUGUAUAACAGUGAGACGAUGAAAGAAAACGCAGACUAUAAAUGUUUAUUUCUCUGAGGUUCUAAUGAGGUUUUUUUUUCAAAGUUUUUUUCUUUUUAUUGUUGAAUUAUUGUUCUAAAACGUGUGGGAUAGAACCUAUAACCGAUUCUACUUUAAAACUCUGCUAAAUACAACAAAAUAAAUCACCAUAAACACAUAUUGGAGGAUAAGUUUUGAUCACAUGUCAGAUCACGGUUUCUUGGUCUUUUUUGUUGUGCUUGAUGGUUUGGCUUCACCUAUAGAUGGAUUUGGGGAAGCUGCUGUUGGAACUGAUGGGGCUGAAAGAGAUGGAGGUGUCUGUAUCUCUGAAACAGAAAAUAAUGGCAUUGUAACCUUUGAUGAUCCUCUUUUUAUUAAAUGAUGAAGCAACAA